CAGGUGUCACAGAGAAGAAUAAUCUUCAUCAGCCCAGUGGUCAUCAAGGACAUGAACACUGCUGGUUUUAUCUAGAUGGAUGAAAAGGUUAACAGCCCAGAAGGGGAGCUCCUUUGGUUUUCAAGAUGGCAGCUACUACUGGUGAAAGCCAACUGCAGAGGAUUAUUAGAGACUUGCAAGAUGCUGUGACUGAAUUAAGUAAAGAGUUUAAAGAAGGAGGGGAACCAAUCACAGAUGACAGUGUCAACUUGCAAAAAUUCUCCUACAAGCUUGAAUACCUUCUACAGUUUGACCAGAAAGAAAAAAACACAUUGCUGGGGAACAGAAAAGACUACUGGGAUUAUUUCUGCGACUGUCUGGCAAAAGUCAAAGGAGCCAAUGAUGGAAUUCGCUUUGUCAAGUCUAUUACAGAACUACGAACAUCUCUUGGAAAAGGAAGAGCAUUUCUUCGUUACUCCCUGGUUCACCAAAGGCUAGCAGACACCUUGCAGCAAUGUUUUAUGAACACCAAGGUGACCAGUGACUGGUACUAUGCAAGAAGUCCAUUUCUGAAUUCCAAAAUGAGUUCUGACAUUGUGGGUCAACUCUAUGAGCUCACUGACGUUCAGUUUGACUUGGCAUCAAGAGGCUAUGAUUUAGAUGCUGCUUGGCCAGCAUUUGCUAGGAGGACACUGUCCUCGCUUGGAUCUUCAGCAUAUUUAUGGAAGCCCCCAAGUCGCAGUUCCAGCUUGAGCAGUUUGGUGAGCAAUUAUUUGCAGGCCCAAGAGUUUCCCUCCAGCCCUGAUGCAAAUAGCUCACUAAAUGUUGAACACCUUGAGGGUUUUGAAGAGAUGCGUGUAGAACUUGACCAGGCAGAGCUGAGGCAAAGGGAACUUCAGGAUCGUAUUCACCAGCUAGAAAUGGAAAACCAGGAGCUCCAGGCAGCUGUCAACCUUCAGAAAGAACAAGUACAGGUAGAAAAGGAGAAGAGUAAUAACUACAGCAAGGAGAACUCCCGGCUGGCAAAGGUGAUCACGGAGUUACAGAAGCAGUGUGAAGUCUCACACUCCACUCGGAGCACUGUUCAUGACCUGCAGAAAUGCCUGCAGUCACUGGAACUGAAUGCAGUGGAGCAGCAGAAGGAAUAUUCAACAAAGCUGGAGCAGCUGGUGACCAGCAAGGAAGACUCUGCCUCGAAACUGCAGAUGUUGAAUCAGGAGCUGGAGGCCUCUAGGGCUUUGGUUGCUAUGAAGGAUAUUUGCGUCGAUGAGCUCAAAGCCAAGAUGAGUUCCACAGAACAGAAGAACCUCAACAUCCUUGAAGAAGUUGAUGCUGCCUUGGAGGAAAAGGGACAGCAAGCCACAGCUCACUGUGACUCUGCCCUACCGAUACAGGCACUGUUAGAGAAGCUUCAGGAGGCAGAAAAAGAAAUGGCAGAUAUGCAAAGACUGAAUGAUGAAAGUGCGUCUCAACUGAAAGCAGCAAGGGAGGAGCUGCAGCUGAAAGAAGAGGCACAGAAGGAACUGGAAUCCAGAUACAAUCACCUCACUGCUGACUCCAAAGAAGAGAGUGAAAAGGGGCUUGGGAACCUGGAAACCAUGGCAAAGGAAAUGGAUGCCCUUCAGAAGGCCCUGACCCUGAAAGGAAAGGAGGCGGCUGAGCUCCAGACCCAGGUAAUGGGAUUGCUGGCUCAGGUGGGGUCACUGGAAAAAAAUCUUGAGGAAGCAAGGAAAGAAAAAGAGAAACUUGAGGAGGAGUAUGGUAGGAGGGAAGGAGCACUGAAGCAGGAAGCCCAGUCACAAGCAGAGCAACUUGAACUACAGGAGGGUCGCUUAGCAAAGGUGAGUCAGACUGUGCAUAGCCUUGAGGAGCAAAACCAGAAACUCUUGUCUGAGAAAGAGCAUCUCAGCCAGAAAGUCAAGGAGCUGGAGGAGCAGAUGGAGCAGCAAAACUCUGCAGUGAGUGAAAUGGGUGAGGAGAGCAGGAAGCUGAAAGCGGAGAAUGCAAAUUUGCAGCAGUCCAAGAAGAAGGUGGAAGAGAAGCUGAAAAAUAUGGAAGCUUCGAAAACUUCCCUGGAAGCCGAGGUAGCCAGGCUGAGAGCCUCUGAGAAACAUCUUCAGAGUGAGAUAGAUGAUGCCCUAGUGUCAGUUGAUGAAAAAGAGAAGAAGCUCCGGGGCGAGAACAAACAGCUGGAUGAAGACUUGCAGAAUGCCAGGAGGCAAAGCCAAAUUCUGGAGGAGAGAUUAAAGGCUCUGCACUCAGAUUAUGAAGAACUAAAGCAAAGAGAAGAUACCACCAAGGAGUCUUAUGCCUCACUUGAAGGACAGCUGAAGAGUGCCAAACAGCAUAGUUUACAAAUGGAAAAAAGCUUAGGCACCCUGAAGAAAAGCAAAGAGUGUCUCCAGUCACAACUCACAGAGAAAGAAGGAGAACUGCAAGACAUGGAGAGCCAGUGUGAGCAGCUAAGAGCAGAAGCUGAAAGACAUAGGAGGAAAGCAGAGACUCUUGAGGUAGAAAAGCUCAGUGUUGAAAAGACAUGCCUUCAUCAGACAAAGCUUAUUGAAUCCCUCACAUCACAAAAGGAAUCAGUGGAAAAACACCAACUACAGCAGACGGCUUCUCUGGAGAAGGAGGCAAAAGAGCUGGCCUCCAGACUGACCAUGAGUGAAGAGCAGUUGGAGGUCAACCGAGGUGAAGUGUCUAGGCUGCAAGCAGAAGUCCUUGACCUGCGAGUCAAGCUUCAGCAGACCAAUGAUGAGAGAGAGCAGAUGAGAGAUGAGCUGGCAAUCACAGAGACUGUCUUGGGUGAGCAGAAGGCACUUGUCCAGCAGCUCAAAGAACAAAGUGAGUCACUCAACAGAAACCAUGUGCAAGAACUGGUGCAAUGUAAAGAAAGAGAAGAAGUGCUGAAAAAAGAUCAGGAGACAGCAGCCCAUCAAAAAGCUGAGCUGGAAAAUAAUUUGCUGAACCUGAAGGAAGAGCUAUCCAAGGUUAAGCAGUACUUGGAAGUUGCUAGAAUGGAAAAUGAAGAAAACAAAGAUCUCCUCCACAGGACCAACACGGAUAUGGCUGAACUUGGUAUUCAGAUUUGUGCCUUGACCUCUGAAAAGGUGGAUGCAGAAGAGCAGUUAGCCCAGGCCACAGAAAGGCUCAAAGAACUGGAAGAACAGGCAGCAGAGCAACAGAAGAAGCUGAAGCUUGACAUCUCUAAUCUCAGACAGGAGAACAAGAUCCUGCAAGAGAAAUUAAAAGAGGCUCAGAUAUGUGCCGCAGCUGUCCCAAAUCUGCAAUUGCAGCUGGAGACAGUAAAGGAACAGGCACAGAGUGUCCAAGAAACCAGCCAAGAGGAGCUGUCUGCAAUAAAAUUUCAAAUGAGCACAGAGAUUCUAAAUUAUCAGACAAAAUUCAAGGCUGUCAGUGAAGAAUGUGGGAAAGUAAGAGAGCAACUUGAGGAGCAGAAGCGACAACAGCAUGCUGCAGAGGAAGAGAUUGCAGAGUUACAAGCUGCAAACACGAGUUUGUCUAGAAAGCUGGAUGAAGCAAGAGAGCAGCUGUCUGAAUCAGAAUCUGCUUGGCUGCAGAAGGAAGAGGAGGUGACGUCUCUGAGAGAACUCUUGGAAAG